UUGUUCCUAGCUUAGCCAUAGCUAUCAUCUACCUCCAAAUUUGGUGUGAUUUGCAUGAAAUAUGUCGAUUGGAUGCUAGACGCGACAGAUAUUAAAGAGUGACUCGAAAUACUUAUUUGGUCGAAUGGGCAAAGAUACGUCGUUGCCCAACCUCUACGCCGUCAGUCAAGACUCGAGACAGGAGUUCGACUUACGAGGAUGUCGGUGAGUCGAUUCGUCAAACACCUGGUGAGCUGCGGCCCUCGGCUCCUCCUCCGGCCGCCUCCACCUCCAUCGCCGCCGCCACUGUACUGCCUCUCGGCUCUCUCCGUGGCCCAAACCAGACGCAUUCCCGUCGCAACCACCUUCUCAUCCUCCCCCGCUUCUUCCGGCCCUUCGCUUUCCUCGUCGGACGGCGGUCCCGCGGCGGAGUCCCCCUCGCCUUCUUAUAUCUCCGUCCGUAUUCGGUGCCCGAAGGACGUCGCAGAUGAGCUUUCAGAAGCUCUUUUAUGCUUUGGGGCGAGUUCGGCAAGCAUGGAUGAGGAAGAUGGCUCUGAAAGUUCUGACGAGUUGCAGAUUUCCAUCAAUUCCAUAUUUCUUCCUAGUGAAGAUGUGGAUGCAUCCGUUUCAAAUGCUGCUGAUUCGAUAGGCUUGAAGGACGUGCCUGAAUAUGAUAUUGAAGUGUGUGAGCAAGAAGAUUGGGUAAAGAAAACUCAGGAAUCAUUUCGUCCUGUCAAAGUGACUGAAGGACUUUGGAUUAUCCCCGAGUGGCAAACUCCUCCGAAUGUUGAAGCUACAAAUAUAAUUCUGAAUCCUGGAUUGGCAUUUGGAACUGGGGAACACCCCACUACAAGAUUAUGUCUAUUGCUGCUACAUGGCCUGAUAAAGGGAGGAGAACACUUGCUGGAUUAUGGAACUGGUUCUGGCAUUCUUGCAAUAGCAGCGCUUAAGUUAGGUGCUGCAUCUGCGGUGGGAUUCGAUGUAGAUCCUCAAGCGAUAUCAUCUGCUCGUCACAAUGCUGCUCUAAACAACAUUGGAUCGGACAAGAUGCAGCUAGAGCUGGUUCCUACCAAUGAAGGGACACAUGAAGAUUCAGGACAGACCUUGAAUAAACAGGGACUCAUUUCGGAAACAGAGAAAUAUGAUGUGGUGGUUGCAAAUAUUCUGUUGAAUCCUCUACUAGAGUUGGCAGAUCAUAUAGUAUCUUAUGCCAAGCCAGGAGCAACCGUUGCUGUCUCUGGUAUCCUGUCUGACCAGGUCCCAUCUAUCAGAAGUCGAUAUUCUUGUUUCUUAGAAGACAUAUCAGUCUCGGAGCAGGGUGAAUGGGCAUGCCUGAGCGGCAGGAAGAAGAUAAACUUCUAACAUAGAUUGAAGGCUAUCGUAGCUGUUUGUAACUGGAUACACAUGCUCGAAUGUCUUCAGCCAUAGCACACUCACGGGGUGUUCGGCAGGCCAGCAGCCGAAUAUAGUGCUCGUUUGAGUCCGAAACACAAUGUCAUGUUUUCUUUUUAUUAAUCCCAACAUUGUACAUGUAUCACAGUGACUUACGGACGUGACUCGAGCAACUUGCCCUUAGGUGUCACAGAAAAUGAGAUCGGAACAAAUAUUUUCCAC